AUGUUGGGUUCAGGUAGUAGUUUGUCGGAUGAUGCAUCACGACAAAUGUCAGCGGUUAACAAAAGAAAAGAACAAUUAAAACGUUGGGAAGAAUCAGAAACAAAUCGGGAAUCGUAUACACCAAAAAUAUCACAACGAGUAAAAUUUCAACAAGCUUAUGUAUUUUUGGCAGCAUGUUCAAGUUCGGAUAAAGAUGAGGUUGAAAGAUUAAUACAACGAGGCGUUGAUAUCAAUACGUCGAAUGUUGAUGGAUUAACGGCAUUACAUCAAGCAUGCAUUGAUAAUAAUCAAUUAAUGGUUGAAUAUUUAUUAUCUCGUGGUGCUGAUAUUAAUUGUCAAGAUAAUGAAGGAUGGACAUCAUUACACGCAGCUGCUUCAUGUGGAAACAUUGAAAUUGUUAGAUAUUUAUUAUCUCAUGGUGCUAUUGUUGAUAUAUGUAAUAAUGAAGGUGAAUUGGCUAUUGAUGUAGCAGAAGGAGAUGAAAUUGCUCAAUUUUUAGAAGAAGAUAUGAAACGGAAAGGAAUUGAUGAAGAAGCUGCUCGUCACAUUGAACAUCGUAUGAUGUUAAAACAUGCUCAAGAUUGGCUAAAUCGGAGUCCAAAUUUUCGUCCAGAACAAAUUAUUCAUCAACGUACAGGUGCAACUGCUCUACAUGUGGCUUCUGCCAAAGGAUAUUUGGAUGUCUUGGAUAUUUUAUUAAAAGCUGGUGCUAAUAUAAACGCAACAGAUAAUGACGGUUGGACACCACUUCAUGCAGCUGCCCACUGGGAUAAACAUGAUGCCAUCAAGUUUUUGAUUGAUAAAAAUUGUGAUCUUGAAGCCAAAAACUAUGCUGGUCAAACCGCCACGGAUGUUUGCGACGGUGUUACUCAUGAACUUCUGAAAGAAUUAAAAGAAGAAAAAAAAUCUCAACAAGCACCACCUGUACCUGCAACGAGACCGCCUAUAACAGAAUCCAAAGAUAUAUCUCCAUUUCCUGAUAAUGUAUUUAGUCCAUGGAAACGAAAACCUGGUGCUACUAGUCAACGUGCUCCCUUAACGGAUGUUGAACAAAAACCCAUUCAACAGCAAUCUCAACCAUCUCGUUAUGGAACAUCGAAAGAUCAAAUAUUAACGCCAACUAGAUCAGAACCAUUUGAUGAAAAUUUUGAACCGAGUACAAAUACAGCAAAAUCAACAACAUCUUCGAUUCAUUCUUCACAAAAACACGAUCAACUACCAGCACCACCACAGCAACAGCUCGCACCUCAAAAUGCUGUAGAUGCUCUUGCCAACCUUAGUCCUCAUUUAACACCUCCACAGCAACAACCUCAACUCGUCACUACCGAACCAGUAUUGACGUCACCUGGUAUUAAGGAGAAACUUAGUAAUCUUCAACGAUCGUUACAUGAUCUUAGUAAUCGUUAUUUAAAAACAAAUAAUGACGAGUCUGCGGCAUCUCCAUCAUUGUCUCCACCUGUCCAAAUGGCCACAAUAACAAUUACGACUGCAGCUCCAACUAUCACGACAACGUCAACAACAACUACGACAAGCACGUCAAAUAGAUUAAAUGUUCAACAAAAACCACUAACAUUAACGAAUUCUUCCGUAACUCCUACGUAUACAGAACGAACAAAACGUGCACAUGAACAACUAGUCGCCACAUUAUCAUCCUCAGCAGGAACAUCAGCGUCUUUACCUCGUCCAGCUUAUCUAGCAACAAACAAAUAUUCAACGACAAACGGCAGUGUAAAAACGCCCACAACUGAAACUCCAACAAGUGAUAUUCCACCUUCGACACCUACCAGCACCUCUUAUUAUCAACGUUCGUGUACAAAUCCAUUACAAUCAAUAACAACAAGUGGUAUUACCUCGCCAGUCACAGAGAAUCCUCGUGAUGUACAACUUGAAAAAGGGAGAAGUGGUAUUAUUGUCGAGCAAGAUGCAAUAAGAUGGGGUACAGAACGUUCAACUGAAGCACCUUAUAUUCGUCGUCGAUCAGGAGCCGGUGUUGAAUCGUACAGUUCGACUACCGCAACUACAACACCGACUGUUAGUGUUAUUUCUUCAUCAUCAUCCAAUCCCCCACCUGUUUUAACAACAAGUGUCUCUGUUCAACCAGCGGCAACAACUCUAAUCUCUUCAACCUCAUCUACAGCACCAUCCUCAUCUUCAACUGUACAAGCUGAACAAACAUCAUUCGAUCCAUUCACUAGAAGGCGUUCGAAUGUACCUCCAAGCAAAGAUGA